ACAAGUUUGUCUUAAAUAAAUUUAGCAAAACUUGUGAAUAACGGCAAUUUUCAUUAAUUUGUUAGCAAUUUAUUUAAGUUAUUAGAAGUGUCGCGUUAACAAUGACUUCAAACGAUAUUCUCAACGGCACUGCAUUAAAUGAAUUGGUAGCUGAGAGUAAAAAAUUUUGGUCGAGCUGUUACACUAAAAGUAACCUAUUUUGGCAAGUCAAUGAAGCGAAUCCGGUUUUGGUAAAAAAUUUGCAUCACCUAACCGGCAACGAAAGUGUCGGGGAAAAUUUUUUCGUUCCGCUAUCGGGAAAGUCUGUUGACCCGCUAUUUCUCGUUCAAAAAGGCCAUUCCGUAUUUGCAGUUGAGUUUGAACAACAGGCGAUUGAAGCGUUCGCUAAAGAUAAUCAUGUUACGUUGCAUUUUGAUCCGGAAGAAUCUUUGUAUUACACAGCAGAUCGACAGUUGAAAAUAUAUUGCGGAGAUUUGUUUGAAUGUCCUAUUGAAAAAUAUGGUCCGUUCGAUUGUGUCUGGGAUCGAGGAGCAUUUAUUGCAAUUGAAUAUGAAAGCAGAAAGGCAUACAUUGAAGUCAUGCAACGCAGUCUUCUGAAGAAAGAGACCGAUGAAAAUGGACCCAGAAAAUAUAACAAAUUCUGCUAUCUGUUGGAAGGAAUAAAUUUCAACCGAAGCUUAUUUGCUGGACCACCAAGAGCAGUAAGUGAAGAGGACAUGGCAAGUUUAUUCGGCGAUUGGGCUGAAUACGUUUUACUCAAAGAAUCGUCUCCAGAUUGUGAAUUACUGGCUACAAAGGAAUUGGCCAAACAUGGUGAAAAAGCUGAACAGACUUUGUACCUUAUAACACCUAGAGUGUAGUUAUUGAAGCCGUUGUUGGUAAUGUUGAAAAUAAAGUGACAUGCA